AUGUCCGGAAGUGCUAGUAUUGUGACCAGCCUGCCUGGACUAUUCAUGGCAUGCAUCCAAUGCUUCGAAAUCAUCCAAUACGGUCGCACGCUCGAGACAGAGAGAGACUCUUGUCCUUCGCCGUCGAAGGGCAUCAUUGGCACCAUCAAUCCACAGACGAUCGAUGCACAACUGGAAGAAUGUCGACCAUCUCUCCAAGCAAUCAUAACACGAUUCGACGACGCCAAGCGGAAGAGCGAGAGAUACAAACUCAACAAACAGCAGCAACAACAACAAGGAGGACGACCGCCAGAAAACAACAGCGUGCUACAACUCGAAGAGCCGACACAAUCUCCCGGCUCAAGUUUUCGAAACGCCACAAAAAAGCUUAUGAAAAAAUAUGUGACGAAGUACGACAACGCAGUCACGCGAACAAAAUGGGCCAUCUACGAACGCAAAGUACUCGAGAACCUCGUUUCAAACCUGCGAUCCGACGUCGAAGACUUGAUCGAGUUAUUCCCGGAGCGUGUUGCCAGACCUGUAGACGAACUGAUUGUGGAGGAGGUGCAAGAGCUCGAUGACACCGCUCUUCCGGUCAUGCAACAGAUAAGUCAUGUCGAGCAAGAUCAAGCUAUGGAAGAAGCAGCAACAGCAGAGAUCAAGAAGCGCGAGCAAGGAGGCCACACAUUUGACAACUUCGAUGUUGAGGGUCAAGAUGGUCUUCAAUUUCGGGCAGGUGAUGAUAUUGAGUAUGGAGCAACGCCAUCGGGACCGGGGAAUUCGUACAGUAAAUUCAAGAUUCAUGGGUCAGGCACAGUGAAUACUGGGAACAAAUGGCACGGAAAGCCGACAUAA